ACACUGAAAUAGAGAGAGAGCGAGGGAGAGAGAUUGUUCAGGUGCAGCAGGGAGCGCAGAUGUUGCUGAAGGUCUGGAUGCUCUGGGGGAGUCUCGCCCUAACCGGGUGCAGUCCCAGCGCAAAACACAUCAGCCAAGGAGUGGACUGGCUGACCCGAUACGGUUACCUCCCUCCGCCGGACCCGUUUUCGGCCCAGCAGCAGACACUGGACGCCCUGAAAGAAGCACUGAGGACCAUGCAGAUGUUUGCGGGGGUUCCUGUGACUGGGGAGAUGGAUGAUGAGACUUUCAGGAUGAUGCAGAAGCCACGGUGCUCCCUCCCUGAUGUCAUAAUGUCAUCCGAGGUGCCCAGGCGUCGCAGGAGAAGAUACGCAUUCAGCGGAACCGUGUGGGAGAAGAAGGAGCUGAAGUGGAGGGUCGAGAGCUUCCCCGAUACUCUCAGGCAGGACGAAACACGAGAACUGAUGGGCAGCGCGCUGCGUGCAUGGAGUCGGGAGACACAGCUUACCUUUUAUGAGACCCAUGGAGAGGCCGACCUCCGAGUGGGCUUUUUGGGAGGCUCUCAUGGGGAUGGCUAUCCAUUUGAUGGUCCUGGGGGAACCUUAGGCCAUGCUUUUUUCCCAGGAGUGGGGCCUAGUGCUGGAGAUACACAUAUGGAUGCCGACGAGCAUUGGACAUAUAAUAAUGAUCAGGGUACAGACCUCUUCGCUGUGGCAGUUCACGAGUUUGGACACUCGCUGGGACUGUCUCAUUCUUCUUCUGAAGACUCCAUUAUGAAGCCGUACUACCAGGGCACGGUGGGAGACCACAGAAGGUACAGACUGCCGAAGGAUGAUGUGGACGCCAUCCAGAUACUGUAUGGUAAGCGGGAUGAGUAUCCUGGACCAGCACCUGCACCCCCUGUGCCAACCCAUCACUUUAUUCCCCCUCGUGGACCAACUUACAAGCCCCGCCUCCCACUCGCAGACCGCUGUUCUACCCACUUUGAUGCCAUCGCUAGUAUUCGAGGAGAGGUGUUCUUCUUUAAGAAUAAGUAUUUCUGGCGAGUGCAGUCUUCUGGGCAGUUAAUCUCGCUCUCCCCGGCUCACCUGAACCGCUUUUGGCUCGGCCUCCCGUACGACCUCCCGAAAAUAGAUGCCGUCUACGAGCGCGCCAACGACAGCAGAAUCGUCUUUAUUGCCGGGAACCAAUAUUGGGUGUUUCAGGACACCAAGGCCCUACCCGGCUACCCCCGCCCGGUGUCGGAUUUCGGACUCGGUACAGACGGGAUCGAUGCUGCUUUUGUGUGGAAACAGAAUCGGAAAACAUACUUCUUCAGAGGGAGCAAAUUCUGGAGAUUUGAUGACAACACCCAACGGCCGGACGCGGGGUAUCCGCACGACGUCAGCCUCUGGCAAGGACUGUCUCCCAACAUAGACGACGUCAUCAGCGGAGAAAACGGCAGCACCUAUUUCUUCAAAGGGUCUGAGUACUGGAAAUUCCAGCACGGGAAGAUGGAGGCCGAGCCGGGGUACCCCCGCAGCAUCGCCCGGCACUGGAUGUACUGCCACUCCGACACAGAACCCGAACCCACGGAGCAACCAGAAGGUCGCGGACAGAGGGACUGUUACUGUCCGACAGGGAGAAACUCCGCUGUUAAAGCUAGCAGUGGAGGGACUUUCUGGGUGGCUUUGGGCUUCCUGGUAGCUAUUUGUACAUGUUGGUGAUGUGGAGGGACAGUCAUACAGAUGCCUCUGUUGGGUUGACCCAAACCGUGCCUUUUUUGGGGAAUCUGGAUUCAGGAGAAGACGUCAGCCACCCCAGCCGGGCAGCCUACGGGUCCCCGACGAGCCCAAAGCAAGCGCAUGAAGAAACCACAAACACCGUUCCGUACCCUGGUUUUGCCCAAUCUUUUAUUGACAGAAAAAAUUCUUGCUGUACAGAUUACAAAAAACCCAAAAUUAAACACAUAAGAUUCACUUAAUUCACUUCUUACGAAACUUAUGUAGAACAAAAGCUGGAGGUGACAUCACUGGCUGACAUCACC